AGGGGUGGGACCGAGGGGAAGGCUAACUUGACAGCAGCGUUUCUUUCUCAGCUAGUCGCCGGCCCUGCCCGAGAAUGCCUGUGUGUGUGUAGCCUGUGCAGAGAGGAGGUUCCCCCAGACCCAGCGGGCUGAGCACUGAGCGGGGCCCUCCCAGCAUGAGCUCCUGCGGGGAUCUGCCCGGGGGCCGGCGGUCCGCAGUGCUGCUCCUCCCGCCCCUGCUCCGGAGGGAGAGGUGAGGCCAGCCUCGAGCCGAGGUGAGCAGAGGUGCGGAGGGGCCUGUCAUGGUGGCCGACUUCAGGCCCGGGCUGCAGCUGCACGGGCGUGCUCAGCUGGUGCAGGGAGAAGAUGGGGAGUUACUUGUCCUUCCCGGCUUACUUCACCGCCAGAGACCCUUUUCGGUGUUCAGAAUGCCUGGAACCCCUCACCAACUGGUACUAUGAGAAAGAUGGCAAGCUCUACUGCCAUAAAGACUACUGGCGGAAGUUUGGGGAAUUCUGCCACGGCUGCUCUCUGCUGAUGACAGGUCCCGUCAUGGUGGCCGGGGAGUUCAAGUACCACCCAGAGUGCUUUGCCUGCGUGAGCUGCAGGGUGAUCAUUGAGGACGGAGAUGCAUAUGCCCUGGUGCAGCACGCCUCCCUCUACUGUGGGAGGUGCCACAAUGAGGUGGUGCUGGCACCCAUGUUUGAGAAGCUGUCCACGGAAUCUGCUCAGCACCAGCUGCCUUAUUCUGUCACACUCAUCUCCAUGCCAGCCACCUCUGAGGGCAAGCGGGGCUUCUCCGUGUCUGUGGAGAGUGCCUGCUCCAGCUACGCCACUACCGUGCAGGUGAAAGAGGUCAACCGAAUGCACAUCAGUCCCAAUAACCGGAAUGCCAUCCACCCUGGGGACCGGAUCCUGGAGAUCAAUGGGACCCCCGUCCGGACCCUCCGCAUAGAGGAGGUAGAGGAUGCCAUCAGCCAGACGAGCCAGGCGCUUCAGGUCCUGAUUGAGCACGACCCUGUCUCCCAGCACCUGGACCAGCUGCAGCUGGACGCACGGCUCUCUCCUCACGUACAGAAUGCUGGGCACUCCCCCACCCUCAGCACCCUGGACACCAAAGAGAAUCUGGAAGGGACACUGAAGAGACGCUCACUGAGGCGCAGUAACAGCAUCUCCAGGUCCCCCGGCCCCAGCUCCCCAAAGGAGCCCCUGCUACUGAGCCGGGACAUCAGCCGCUCUGAAUCCCUCCGCUGCUCCAGCAGCUACUCUCAGCAGAUCUUCCGGCCAUGUGACCUGAUCCACGGGGAGGUCCUGGGCAAGGGCUUCUUUGGGCAGGCCAUCAAGGUGACACACAAAGCCACCGGCAAAGUGAUGGUGAUGAAGGAGUUAAUCCGGUGUGACGAGGAGACACAGAAGACUUUCUUAACUGAGGUGAAGGUGAUGCGCAGCCUGGACCACCCCAACGUGCUCAAGUUCAUUGGCGUGCUGUACAAGGACAAGAAGCUGAACCUGCUGACGGAGUUCAUCGAGGGAGGCACCCUCAAGGACUUCCUGCGCAGCGUGGACCCCUUCCCCUGGCAGCAGAAGGUCAGGUUUGCCAAAGGCAUCGCGUCUGGAAUGGCCUACCUGCACUCCAUGUGCAUCAUCCACCGGGACCUGAACUCUCACAACUGCCUCAUCAGGCUGGACAAGACCGUGGUGGUGGCAGACUUCGGGCUGUCCCGGCUCAUAGUGGAGGAGAGGAAGAGGCCGGUGGAGAAGGCCAACAGCAAGAAGCGUGCCUUGCGCAAGGACGACCGCAAGAAGCGCUACACCGUGGUGGGGAACCCCUACUGGAUGGCCCCCGAGAUGCUGAAUGGAAAGAGCUACGACGAGACCGUGGACGUCUUCUCCUUUGGAAUCGUUCUCUGCGAGAUCAUCGGGCAGGUGUACGCAGAUCCAGACUGCCUCCCCCGGACACUGGACUUCGGCCUCAACGUGAAGCUUUUCUGGGAGAAGUUUGUCCCCACAGACUGUCCCCCGGCCUUCUUCCCCCUGGCCGCUAUCUGCUGCAGGCUGGAGCCCGAGAGCAGACCAACAUUCUCUAAGCUGGAGGACUCCUUCGAGGCCCUCUCCUUAUACCUGGGGGAGCUGGGCAUCCCGCUGCCCGCAGAGCUGGAGGAACUGGAUCAUGCAGUGAGUGUGCAGCACGGCCUGGCCCGGGACUCACCGCCCUAGCCCUGGCCCGGCCCCCGCAGGGGACAUUCCACAGCCAGCGUGGCCCCUCUGUGCCCCAGCUUCCCGUGGAUCGCGGCUCGUCUGGAAGCAGCACAGGCAUCCCUGCUACCUCUCCUAAAGGCCGUCGGGCGCAGCGCCAGGACACAUCUGCACAGGUUUGGGGGCCUAGUUACUGUCUGAGUCCGACCCUCCUGAAAGCUGUGAAGAAGAGACGAGCCUGGUCCUCAGGCCAAGAGGAAUCUGCCCCAGGAAUGCUGGCGGUGGGGUGGCAGCACCAGCUUACACUGGCCUCCAGAGCCCCAGGCCUGCCUGCCUGCGGAUGUGGCCGUCUUAAGGGCCUGGGAGUGUGGACGAGAGACUGGAGCCAGGUGGUGUCCCAGGAAGGAAAGAGGCCCUUUGUUAGAGCCGGUCAAGCAUCGGGGAAGGCCGGGUCUGUUCACUGCCCAGGGCCGGCUCUGGUCGGCAUGGGGGCUACACCCACCUCGUUUGCCUGACUGUACUGCAGGAGACUGGCAGCGCCCUGCCCCCAAGCAGUCACCCACAAGUCCAGGAGGGUGGGAACUGGAAAGAUACUCAAGUCCUCCUCACGGUCACUGUCGCCUGACGAUGGGCUGAUGGGUUCAGAUGAACCGUGAUUUGCAGGGACGGGUGUGGUCUCGAAUCUUGAGCGCAGGGUAGCCAGUACCCACCCCGUCACCAGACCUGGUCUAGGAAGCCACUUGAAAGGGAAGGGGUGGUAGGGGCCCAGAGUUAAGAUGCUGGGUUUCUGGCUUUACUCCCUUGCUGGCUGGCAGCUCACAAGCACUUGAGCCCCAGUCCCAGCACUGAGAAGAUGAACCCGGAGGCACCAUCACCCUCGGCUCCCAGGGCCCCCAGAAGGCCAGUGGGCAUCCUCCUGGGUGCAGGGCUUACACCGCAUGUAACAGUGAGGAGUGAGCUGGGGCUGUUACUGCAUCGGGCGGGGUAGGGGCGAGCGAGCGGGCACCGUCGGUGUGGUUCUGUGGGUGACGUGUGAGACGCUGUGCAUACAUAGGCCUGGUGAGCUCCCAUGUGGCACUGGGUAUCCUCUCCCAGCAGUGCACCUGGCUGGGAGAUGUCUCCGAACCAUGUGGGGUCAGUGGGCCCGGUGGGCCUGGAGCAGACCAAAUAAAUUAAGCAGUGAGCAUAACUGA